CCUAACACAUUAAACUUUGCAUCUGCUCUUCCCUUCCAUUUCCUUCUUAUUAGUCGGUGAAAACCAAGAAGACUCCAAUUAAUCCAAGAUGUUUACUAAGAGUUCAGAUCUUCCUCAUCAAGAGUCUCUACAAAUUAAAGAAAAUGACAAGUUCUUUUCUAGGCUUCUUUCCAAAGAAGCAUCAAUGGCUAACCCUUCAUUUAGAGUGUACUACGGUGGAGUUACAGUUGCUGUUCCAUUCAUGUGGGAGUCGCAACCUGGUACACCUAAAUACUCAUUUUGUGAAGCCACUCUACCUCCACUUACUCCACCUCCUUCUUACUAUUCAAAUUCUCAUAAAAAUCCUAUCAAGAAACGCUCCAGAUCCAAUCUUCUCCACAUUCUUUUUUCAAGAAUUAAUUCCAAGAAAACUAGUACUGCUAACGUCUCCACAUUAUUACCUUCUUACUCAUCUUCUUCAACUUCAUCUCCAACACCAUCUUCUGCUUCUUCUUGGUCAUCCUGGUAUUCUACUCCAAGCUGCAGAAAUUAUCACGAGCGGGGCAGGAGCAGGAGCAGGUUUUCGAGCUGUGGAUCAUCAUUUGAUUCAAGGGCGUUAUAUGAUGAUCAAGAAUUUGGUUCGCCUACUUCAACUUUAUGCUUUAGAGUUAGUAAAGGAAGUAGAUGGCCGUGAAAGAUUUAUAAGUGGAUUAUAGUAAUUUUAUAAAUGUUACGGCCAUGGAUCUGGCGUAGGUACUUCUUGAAAUCUCUAUUUUCCUUCUACAACUUUAUUUUGAGUCUUUUGGCAGCUUCUUUCUUUUCUUUUUUUACAUAUAUUGGUCUGUGUUAGUGUCUUGAUGAACUCUAGAAAUCCUUGAUAUGUAAUUUCUUAACAGCUAUUUGUCGAAAACACAAUUUCGUUUGACAUUCUGAAAUUUCAUGUGUCCAAAUUCUGUAAAUUCUAUAGUCAUGCUCUUUGAGACUUUUGAAGUGAUUUGUUAAUUGGUACUGUUCCCUCCCCCAUUUCAGUUUA